GGCCCCUUCACAGAAGUUAAGAGCAGAGCUGUGUGUUGAGCAGUGGAAAACUUUCCGGUCCCUUCAUGCAGCAGCAGCAGCAGCAGCAGCAGCAGCAGUAGUAGUAGUAGUAGUAGUAGUAAAGUUAGAGAAGUGACGGGACUGCAGCUCAGCCUCAAACUACUGAUUAGCUGUAAGCAUGGUGGUGUGAGUGUGUCUGAUUUGUGUUGUGUUCGGAUCGCCUCGUCUUCAGACUCCAGUGACGACAGUGCAGAGGAAAAAAGAUGAUCGAGCUGGGCCUCGCUGACGGCAGCCUGAUCGACGAGCUGAUGGAGCUGACGGCACAGAGCCUCAGCAACCUGGAGAUUCAGGAACACUUCAACGUGGUCAAAGAGAUCGGUCGAGGCAAAUAUGGCAAAGUGCUGCUGGUCACGCAUCGCUUCAGAGGGACUCCCAUGGCCUUGAAAGUGAUGCCCAAAGCCUCGACUAAGCUCCAGGGAUUUCUGCGAGAGUACUGCAUCUCCUUACACCUGUCCUGCCACCCCUGCAUCGUGGGGCUGUUUGGCAUCGCCUUUCAGUCCAACGAGCACUACUGCUUUGCUCAGGAGCUCGUCAUUGGUAGGGACCUCUUUGCUGUCAUCCAGCCAAAAGUGGGUAUCCCAGAAUCCUCUGUAAAACGUUGCGUCCUCCAGAUCUCCAGUGCUUUGGAGUUCAUCCACAGCCACGGCUUGGUCCACCGUGACAUCAAGCCUGAAAACAUACUCCUGCUGGACAAUCACUGCUGCCAGGUGAAGCUGGCAGACUUCGGCCUUGCCCAAAAGAGAGGCACCCUGAUACGCUUCAUCACAGGAACCCUUCCCUACAUGGCCCCUGAACUUUGCACCAUGGUCCUGCUGGAUGGCCAGACAGAAGUGACCGCCCCUCCUCUCAGCGUCGAGCCGAGCCUGGACACGUGGGCGUUUGGGGUGGUCAUCUUCUGCAUCCUCACAGGCUACUUUCCCUGGGAGCGCUGCACGGACUCAGACGACUUCUAUCAGGAGUUUGCUGACUGGUGUAGAAUGGAGGAGAGGCCUACCGCAGAGGAGGACAUCCCUCCUUUGUGGAAAAGGUUCACUCCAGAAGCUAUGGAGAUGUUCGGUAAGCUCCUGGCUCUGGAUGCAGAAAAUAGGUGUACGGUGGGGGAGGUGAGAAUGUACGUGGAGAAGGAUUGGCUGAAGAAGGCGUAAUAGACAACAGGAAAAGUCCCUGCCUCUGGAAAUGACUAUGGGAAUGGAGAAGUAAAUGAAAUAUCCGAUAUUUAGUUGUAGAUUUUGCCUUAAUAUGAGUGUUUACUGUAGGCCUUAUGUAUAGAAGUGUUGAACCAUCAGGUACAUCAUUCUCAGCCGUGUGUCCAAGGAUUGUGCCCAGUAAGAUUAACCAUUUAUCAGCAUGCAGCAGAAACAAACACUCCUGUCAGUCAGUGGUGGAGCAAGUAUUUAAAUAUUUAAAUAAAAGUACCAAUGUCAAAAA